CACCUAGCCAUCAACUGCGUAAACGGGCCAAUGAGCGCCGGGCGAAUUCACACGAUGGGGAAUUUUACCCCCUCCAAUUUCAGGGGAGACAACCUUACUCUCGAAUCUCUGACCAAGUGGCCGCCCCGAGCCUCGUUGCUUUCAGUCCCGUAUCUCUUUCUCCGCGGCGACCAACCCGCACGAGCCUCACCUCCACACAACUAGCCUUGUACAUCUCAAUCCUAUUCAAUGGACUCCCCGCAACGCUAUUCCUUGGCGCCGCCGCCAGGCAUGAUGCCGCUUGGCGGCGUCGAGAUUGACAUUUCGUCCCUGUCGCUCGAUGCCGCUGGCCCGAUCGGGUUCCGGUCCAUCACCCAGCCGCCUCAGUCGCAACCCGAGGCGGAGCCGAUGUUGGACCACCAUCGUCUUACCACGUCUUCGCCACGCGACGGCAGUCCCCGUCCGUCGUCGCCGCCGCUCACGUCGACCACGGUGCUCCCCGCGACCUUUCUCAAAACGAUUUGCGACCAGCUCGAGUUUUACUUUUGCGACGACAACCUCUUGGGCGACCUCUUCCUUCUCAAAAACAUGAACGCCGAUGGCUACGUCAAACUCGAGUUGUUGGCAUCGUUCGGUCGCGUGAAGAAGCUGACCACGGACUUGGACCUCAUCAAGCAAGCGCUGGAACUGUCUACGAAGCUGCUGCUCAGCGAAGAUGCGCUAUCGGUAUGCCGCAAAGAUCCGUUGCCAUACGACCAGACGUACCACGGCAAGUUGGCGCGCACGGCGAUCGCUUUCAACUUGGCGGAGGAUGCGUCGAUAGCGUCGUUGAAGGAAGCGUUUCGAACGUGUGGGGAAAUUUCCUACUUGCGUCUUCUCAAGAAGAACGGCGUCACAGGGCGUAACGCGGUGCUCAAGCCGCCGAUUGCCGCGGGCGAAACGUACGCGAUCAUCGAGUUUGAAGACCCCGACAUGACCAACCACGCGGUGCUGACGUUAUCGGACCAGUACAACUGGCGUACGGGCAUGCAAGUCGUGUUGUUUGACGGGACCACCACGGACAAGCUCAAGCAGCGCAUGUUCCCAGUGGACACGAUGGACCCGCAACGGCGCGGCCGCGCCAAAUCCGCCGCCGCCGCCUUCAUCACCCCAGGCGGCCCUCGCUUGUCCGUGUCGUCUUCUUCUUCUUCUUCUGGAGGUGGCGCCUCGACGCCCGUGCACGUGGACGCAGUGGGCGAAGGCCUAAACGACCUGAGCGAAGGCAAAGUGAGCACGGGCACUGUGUUUUCGAUCCGGGGCGCGGGCGGGUUGAUUACGCCGGCGCGGCAGGAUGGCUCGUCUAUUUCGUUUCGACUCGUGCCCGAUGACGACGGUCUCGUGGACAUUCGACAGGGUGACUAUGUGAGCUUUACAGUCGGCAAAAACAAAAAGUCGGGGCGCAAGUAUGCAUCCAAAGUCAAGCUCGAGUUUCGCCCGCCAUCCAACUUGCCAGCGUGGGGUGGUUUGGCUGGUUCAAGUCCUCGCCAGGAUCGUAGCAGUGGUCGGUAUGAGAUUCCCGCGAGCCGUCACCGCGCCCAAACUGUCGACACGGCGACGUCUUCGUCGAGUAUGACCCGCGGCCGAUCCAUUUCCACUGGCCAGAACAACCUGCCGCGCCCGCGCCUGCCCCUUAAGUCCCCCGAGGCAGGGUACCGCACGCCAUCGUCCACCGCUGAAUCGUUUCGCCAAGCCAUGGGCCCCGAUGGCACGCGCGGGUUUGGUGAGACGAGACAGCGCCAAGCGUCGCAUGAAUCGGCCGCGUUUGCACAGGAACUGUCGGGCCGUCGGCGCGCCGCGUCGUCCACGAUGCUCCCUCCGUCGUCCUUUUAUUAACUAUUUGGUGUAUAUGUUGGGUACUUGGAUUGGGCUGCUGCAGCUGCUUUUUACUUAAAAUUGAAUAACAGAUUGUACACAACAUCAACGCAAUAUGAUUGGCU